AUGGAUAAGAACACACAUGAGGGAGACACCUCUCUUAGUGAGGUGUCAAGCCUCCAACAUGCAUGGGGAAUUAGGCAAUUUUUGAUACCUGAAUCGGAGAAUCAAGGAGUUUGUGUAUCUCUUGCUUAUUGUCCUAGAACUGAUGAUAUUGUUGCUUCGUUCCGUCCCAAAGUUGAGAUUGCUGGUGACCUGGAUAUUUCCCAACCUUUGCUUACUCCAUCCGCUUCUUCCCUGGGUCAAGGAGUCCAGGGCUUUCAUGUUCUUUACAGGAGAUUGGGUAACAAUUGUUAUCAAAAGUUAGGAUCUACAUGUGCCAAUUUAGAUGUUGUCCGACUGCAAAAAUCAGCAAUUGUCGACAGAAAUAAUCACCGGUCAUUUGUUUUUGGAGAUGAAGUAACACAUGAAUUGCUAUUGCAAGAUUUGCCGUCGUUAAUGGUUGCUCAACGUCUUAAAUCUUGGAAGCAUCCUCUCCGUGAUGUGAAGUACAAUCAUGUACUGAACUCGGGAUUGCUUAUCUGUUUAGGUGACGAUGUGUUGCAACUAUUCUAUGACAAGCUCUUGUGA